AUGGACCCGGGCGCCGCCUCCUCGCUGCUCACUAACCAGUCCGCCGGCGGGACAGGGCACACGGCGGGCAUCCGCUCCUCGUCCGUCCCGGUCAAGAUCCUGCUGGAAACCAUCAUGGUCCUGAUGUGUGUGGCUGCUAUCACAGGUAACGUUCUGGUGAUUGCCAUUAUCGCUGUGACCAAACACUUCCACUCGGUAACCUCGGUGUUCCUGGUCAAUCUGGCUGUCAGCGACUGUUUGGUGGGGCUGGGAGUCAUGCCGUUUGUUGCCAUGUCGGUGUUUUACCAGGACUGGAACAGAUACAAUGACCUGUGCCUCUACGUGGGCUACACCUCGUCGGUGUACUGCACGGCGUCGGUGCUGACCCUGGCCGCCAUCGCCCUGGACCGCUACCACGCCAUCAUCGACUGCCUGCAGUACAACUCGCAGAGCACCGUGCGCCGCACGGCCGCCACCGUGGUCUGGAUCUGGCUGCAGUCAGCCCUCAGCAGUUGCCCCCCGCUGCUGGGCUGGGGCCGCUUCGGCUACUCACCGGCCCUCCGCAGCUGCUCGGUGGCGUGGGCCGACAGCCUGAGCUACACCGGCUUUGUGGUCGUCUUCUCCUUCCUACUGCCCGCCUCCGUCAUGAUCUUCUGCUACGUGCGCAUCGUGGGGGUGGCCCGGGGCCAUGCCAAGCGGAUCCACGACAUCGAGAACCAGCUGCAGCGCCGGCCCCAGCCCCGGGGUCCCAGCCCCGCCGACAGGCCCACUUUCUCUCAGCUCAUCUCCAGCGUCAACUCGCCCAUCAUCUCCGAGCACCGGUGCGAGGAGGCCCGGGGCGGCUGCUGCUGCUGCUGCCGCCGGCGGGGGCCUGGCCUGCAGCCGCGGGGGCCUGACAUCUUCUGCAAGGGCGGCGGUGGAGGAGGCAGCCCGGGCCGGGGGGAGCACCACGGCGCCUUCCGCCUCUUCAUGGUCAUCUUCGCCUUCUUCUGCUGCUGGGUGCCCUACGAGGUGGUGGGGCUGGUGCAGGCCGUCGAGGCAGCGGUGGUGGGUGGCCGGCGGGCCUCCAGCGUGCCGCCCGGCCUGGUGACGGCGGCCCACUGGCUGGCGCUGCUCAACUCGGACAUCAACCCACUGCUGUACGCACUGCUCAGCAGGCGGUUCCGCAAGGCCCUGCGCCACUGGCAGCGCCGGCUGGAGGCCAAGGUGGGCCUGGGGCGGAGGUCCCGGCGAGAGGGGCCGGCCGCCGCUGCCGGGCUCUCCGCCCUCUUGCACCCCAAGCCGGCGGCCGGUCAGGGGGGCAGGAGCAGCUCCAACGCCACCAACAUCAGUCAGCUCAGCCCCCACCAGCCGCCGGGCCUGCAGGCCCGCUCCUGCUCCGUCUUCUCCAUCAGCGGGCCCGACGAGGCCUUGGAUGGCCUGCUGUCUGGCCCGGCCUCCGCCAGCUCCCUGGUCUUCGUGCCAUGCGGCCGGGCGCCGGAGCGCCGCCGGGACCAGCAGGGUGAACCCCUGCCCAAACAGUACCUGAAGGUCCCGCAGCUUCCCCCGGAGGCCGACACCAUGCUGCUGCCAUCACAGACUUUCGGCGAGAAGCAGUCGUCCACCUAUGUGUUUGGGAACAUCAUCGUUAAGGUUGAGAAUGAUGCAGUAGACCUGUAG